UUACAUUCUACUGGAGAGAGAACUAAAAUGAGCUCGCACAUAAAUAGUGUGGUGAGCUAUAAGGUAAUAUAUGGUAUGGAAAAAAUAGAACAGGUUAAAAGAAGAUGAGGAGAGGCUAGAGGGGGAGGUUGCAACUUUUAGAUAGGAUUUUCAGAGUAGCCUUCUUUUAAAAAGUUACAUUGAGCAAAGAUUUGAAGGGGGUAAUAGGGUGAAAUAUGCAGUUUUCUGGGGUAAGCGCUGCUAACCUGGGAAAAGCUGAAUAUUUAGGAGAAAAGCUGUCCAGGAAAAGGAAACAUAACAACAACAAGCCUCCUUAGUAGCAAGGCUGGCAUGUUCGAGAAACACCAUCAAGGCCAGGAGUCAUAUGAUAAAGGAGGAGAGUUAAGGUGGGAGGGGACAGGAAUGACAGAUUGUGAGGAUUUGGCUUUUAUGUAAGAUGAGAUCCAGAUCUCUUGGAGGAUUUUGAGAAAAAGAAUGACAUUAUUUGACUUAUAUUUUAAAAGCAUCACUGAGACUCUUCUUUGAAGAAUAGACUUUAGGGAAAGGAAAGUGGAAGGAGGGGAGAAAGGCCAGUGGCUUGAACCAGAAUAGCUUUAAUGGAUGUGGUGAGAAGUGAUCAGAUUCUUUUGGAAGGUAGAAUUCAAUGAAGGGCAUGAGAGAAAGAGAACAGUCAAGGAUGACUCCAAGACUUUUGAACUGAGUGGCCGGAAGGUUGAAGCUACCAUCAGUUGAGAUGGGAGAGUCUUCAGGUGGAACAAAUUUGAAGGGUGUAAAAGACUAUGGUUGACCUCAUGGAGAAAAAAAAGUCAUGUUUGCCCUCAAGUAGCUUACAGUUUAGAAGAAGAUAAAGCACAAUUCUGGUAAACUUGGAGCUUUGCAGAACAGAGAAGAUGGAGGCAAAGAGGAAGAGAAAAGCACCAAAAGGAGAAAAAGCCAGUAAAGGAAGCUGGAGAGAAGAAUGAAAAUUUGAAAGAGGAGGAACCAAUACUCUUAAAAUAUUUUGUAAGUAUUCAACAGCAAAAGAUUAAAAUUACUCAAAGUCUCACUUAUCCCUCCUCUCCUCGUCUUACAUCUGCAGCCCCCACCAUCCAUCUCCCUCUCCCCAAGCCUUUCUGAUACAGGACAUUUCAUGAAAGUCAUGAUGGUUUUGAACAUGUUCUUUCAAUAUAUGUAUUAGAACUGUUGUUCAUUACUUGGGUUCCUCUAAUCAGACAAGAACUGCUUCUAACUGCUUUAUCAUUACUAGCAGUGAAAUUUCCCUUCUUGCGAGGGACUGUCUGAGAGAAUGACCCAGGAAGAGAAUCAAGAUUUGAACCCACCUCUUACUAUUAUCCUCAGGAUGGAGGUACCUUGUCCUUGGACUUCUUAAGAUCAUUUUCUUUCUUGCUCAUAUUUAUAUUUUGUUUGUUAUUAUUUCUUUUCACCUGCAUAUCCUUGGUAUUAUUUGAAAACUUUUGUUUGGCUUUAGCUGUUUUCUUGAAUAUAAAUGUAGCUGAUAGAAUUGCAAAUGGUACUUUGCUCAAGAGUGAUGGCAAAGAAAGCCUAGUUCCUUCUUUUUACUACAAGUUUGCCUUCUAAGGAGAGGCUACACUGAGGUGAAGAUAGCAUUAUUUAUGCUGGCAAAUGUUGCGUGCUUGUUCUGAUAUUUCAUUUUUUUCUACUUCCUGAUAUAAUAAUAAAUCUCUUUUUUCUUUCAUCCAGUCAGCUUAGAAGGGGAAGGUAGGAGGCAACUACAUCCAACAAUGGCAUUUCUUCUUUUGGAGAUUUGUUUUAAUAAUUACCCAGGCUUUGAUGUCUGUGUUUCCAUAUUUGUUGUCAUUCCUUGAUGCUAGAGAUGAUUUCUCUUUGAACCUUUCAUCCUCGUUACUUUACUUCCCAGAGGCAAAGGACACGCUCUGUGCCUGAGUGCCUUAUGAAACACCUGGGUUUGUCUGACCCAUCCCUCCACAGGUUGCAGCACCCAGGACACUAUGAAAAUGAAGUUAUCACUGACUGGAAGUCAGCAGUACUCUGCUGGACUCAGAUGAAGUUAAACCAACAUGGAAGCCCAAAGGCCAGGCUGGAGAAUGUCAUCUCUGAACCUCCUUGAAUUCAGCAUUUUGUUCGUGAAUGCCCAAGAAAAUAGCCAGGCAAAGGAAAAACCUGGGCAGAGAAUUGGAAGAACUUCUCCAGCCACAUUCUAAGGACAGAGAGAGAGAGGCUGUCUCAUAUACAUUUCUUCCAUCUAUCACAGCACGCUGCAACUGAACUGGUACAUAAUGAUGAGGUGGAGUUUGUCCGAACUGGCUACGGGAAGGAUAUGAUAAAACUUCUCCAUAUUCAGCGAGAUGGAAAAUAUCACAGCAUUAAAGAGGUGGCAGCUUCAGUGCAACUUACUCUGAGCUCCAAAAAAGAGUAUCUCCAUGGGGAUAACUCAGACAUCAUCCCUACAGACACCAUCAAGAACACAGUUCACGUCUUGGCAAAGUUCAAGGGGAUCAAAAGCAUAGAAGCCUUUGCUAUGAGUAUCUGUGAGCACUUCCUUUCUUCUUUUAACCAUGUCAUCCGAGCUCAAGUCUACAUGGAAGAAGUCUCUUGGAAGCGUUUUGAAAAGAAUGGAGUUAAGCAUGUCCACGCAUUUAUUCACACCCCCACGGGAACGCACUUCUGUGAGGUUGAACAGAUGAAGAAUGGACCUCCAGUCAUUCAUUCUGGAAUCAAAGACCUCAAGGUCUUGAAAACGACCCAGUCUGGAUUUGAAGGGUUCAUCAAGGACCAGUUCACCACUCUCCCUGAGGUGAAGGACCGGUGCUUUGCCACCCAAGUGUACUGCAAGUGGCGCUACCACCAGUGCAGAGACGUGGACUUUGACGCUACCUGGGACACUGUUCGGGACAUUGUCCUAGAGAAAUUUGCUGGACCCUAUGACAAAGGCAAGUACUCACCCUCCGUCCAGAAGACCCUCUAUGACAUCCAGGUGCUCUCCCUGAGCCGGGUUCCUGAGAUAGAAGAUAUGGAAAUCAGCCUGCCAAACAUUCACUACUUUAACAUAGACAUGUCCAAAAUGGGACUGAUCAACAAGGAUGAGGUCUUGCUACCAUUAGAUCAUCCAUAUGGCAGAAUUACCGGUACGGUCAAGAGGAAGCUGACUUCGAGGCUGUGACAUGGUAGCCACCAAUGGGAGUCCACUCUCAGCUGAGGAACUCUUUAAGCCACUUGUGAUGCUGGCAGUCAUAGUGGGUAGCCAUGCAAAUUUUCAACCUAGUAUGUUGAUUGAUAGCGUUCAUUUUCCUCCUGUCUGAAAGAAUUCUUCCACGCCUAGCUCAGCAAGGUGUUUUGUGAUUAGUAAUUAUGACAUGCUCUGUGGAUACAGUUUACUGCACAAAUGCUGAGCAGUAUUAGAACAAUCAUAAAUCAGUAUUUCUUUUUAGUUAUUUUGUGCCUUCCUAUCUUAGAGAAGCUUUAGAAUCAAUUCACUAAGAAAAUACUCAUGAAUUAAUGGAGGUAUCGUAUCAAUUAAUUUGUGCACAAGUUUAAGAAGUAAGCGUUGUUUUCAUCCUGCUGAUGCUAAAACGUUCCUUCUGGGUAAUGUAGAAAAUGUAAUGACAAAAUCAUAUUUUGACAAAUGUCACCAUUGUGAUGUCAGUUGUAUUGAAUAUUUGAAUAUUCAAGAAUGCUCUAGCUUAUAUAUCAUUGAGAGUUUAUUUCUCCUCUAAAAGUACUUUUGUAAUCUUAAUAUGUUGGUUUUACGCCUUUUACAGCCCUUAGAGAAUAUUUGGUACACAUUGGGGGCACUGAGAAAAAGUGUAAAUUGUUUUUCUUUGAAUAAUGCAUCGCUCUGGCGCAAACAGCCACGUUUAAUAAAUGCUAAAUCAGUACACAAAUGGAUGACUAUACAUAUAGAAAGAAGACUAGAUAUGUGAAAAUAUCAGCAAUGAUGAUUUCUAGAUGGUGGGGAUUAUGAAUGAUUUUUAUUUUUUGCCAUGUAAUUUUCUGAAUCUUCCAAACAUGAAAAUUUAUUACUUUUAUAAUCAGAGAAAUAAAUAUAAUUGAUGAUUUAAAGAUGCA